AUGUCUAAAAGCGAUUCCAGUGCCAACCCUGGCGCCAGCCCAUCGAAGAAUUCCACGUCAAGCAUACGGCUUCCACCAAUUUCAUUUUUGUCUCGCAACAACGAAAAGGAGAACGGAAUUCCUCCAAUGGUGCUGUCAAUUGCACAUCAAUCGUUCGAAAAUUUGCAACAACAUGGCCCUCAGCAACCUGAAAUACCGAAUUUGAAGAGGUCGAUAGGUUCUGAUGUCUUUUCUAGUGACAAGAACACAUCUAAAAAAUUGAAGUUGCCUACCCCUCAUGUGUUAGGUAUUUAUCCUGGUCAAACUUCUCUUGGAACGCCAAAUUCGGCCGAGCCAGAGGUUUCAGGAACUUCGGAGCCAGUUCAAGCUUCGCAAGAAGGUGAAAAUGGUACUCAAUUGCAAGAUAAUGACCAGAAAACCGAGGUUGAAGAAGAUGGUCAGCAGCUGCAACAUCAUCAUCACCACCACCAUCACCAUCAUCACGGUCCUAGCAAACAUCGUCACCAUCAUCACCAUCACCAUCAUCACCAUCUGCAUCUGCACUCGAGUACUGGUGAAAAGAAAGGCAUCGAAACUGAGUCCGAGACUCACGCCAAUGUCACCAGCAAAAGGGAAAGAACAGUGGUUGCGAACAAAGAGGGAUUAAGAAAUUUACUAGAAGAAGUCUAUACCGAAAGACAUCAUUUGGGAUCACUCAUUUACAAUCCAACUACCACUUGGGACACGCUUCAGAUCGAACAGUUGCACGGGUUGCGACCUCACGACAAGCAGAGACUUCUUGAUAUCCAGAAAGACUAUCGAGAGAGACGACAGGAGAAGUACUCGGCCGAUGUGGUUUCGUACAUUCCACUGAUUCCACCCUUGGGAGAAGGUUAUAUCAAUUGCUUUCUCGAAGUCAAAAUACCGUACCGGUUUAUCAAAGAGUUCGUGGAAGAGUUCACGUUGGGUCGAAUUCAGAGAAAGCGGGAGCUCUGGGGUGGUGUUGGAGGUAUUUAUACAGACGAUUCGGAUAUUCUCAGUGUGCUUUGCCAUCUUGGCUUGUUCGAUGAUAACUUGGAUUUGACCGAAUCAAAUAGCUCGUGGACCAAAGCAGAUUUAGUUCGUCCGCUAAAAGUUGAUCAUGACAGUGAUGGUGUUGAAUUGCUCGAUCUCUCCGUCACGUUACUCUUGCUCCCCACGCUCAAAGAGUACAUAGGGUUCUAUCGGAAUGGGUUGAACUCGCGAACAUGGACCGGUGAUUCUACACACGAUGGGCUUUCAUACUCAGUUUUGAAUGUCAAGUGGGAAACGUACGAGACGUCGGCCAGCGAGAGGAGCCUUAGUAAACGAGCUCAGAAAGAAAACUUGCUGGACAGGCUAGCUGAACAAGAGAUUCUACAACGUGGACGUGGGUGGCAUUUUGAUUACAAGUAUUACCAAAAACUCAAAACGAAGUAUGACAAUAACGAGGCUUCUAGUUCUAGCAGUCGCCCGAACGGAGAAUAG